CUUCGCCUCGGAUCAGACGUGCUCUCUGCUAAUGACUUGCUGGUGAAAAGCGGAUCCAACGUAAGCCCUCAGAAAUCCCAGAAAACAAAGACCAAACGAAACGACGCCUUGUCAAUAGAACAAAUCGAAAAAAGUUUCCCGCAGUGACAGGCAGGACAUUAAAAGAAAAAACCCACAGACGUGAGACGGAAUGAAUCCAAAAGGAAUUUAUAUAACUCACGUAUGAAAUGUUUCAGAAUCUACAGAGCUAUAAUUUAAGGCAGACAGACGCGGAAAUACAAUGAAAGCGUGCAUGACUGAAACUAGAAGAGAUUACAUGAAAACCUCAUUCUCUUGAGGAAAUGGUGUGAGGAGGGAAUUAGGGGCUGCCGAAACACAGCGAAACAAGAGGCGGAAGGCAGACAAAAGGGGCCGGGUCGGUCCCUGCCUGCGUGAACAAAAAAGAUGUCAGAUGAGAUGUCAGAUUGGAAAAUUGCCGCAAAAAUCAGGCAGCGCACGUAGGUUGCCCCGACAGGAAGUGUCCGCCAUGCUGCCUGUGCCCGGAAGUAGGUAGGAACACAGAGUCACAGGGAGCCAAGAGCAGGGGGGAAGGAAAAGAGGUGCACACUUCCCCCAGAGAAGUCUCGAUCGUGGCCGCGGCUCCGGGCCUCAAGCCCUUAAAGAAAAAAUACCGGAGACGUUCUGGCACCAUUUCGGGGUGAAGAAGCUGCCAUGGAAGAGCCUGCAGCUCCCUCAGAAGCCCACGAGGCAGCCGGGGCCCAGGCAGGUGCUGAGGCAGCAGGGGAGGGUGUGUCUGGGCCCGACCUUCCCGCGUGUGAGCCCUCCGGGGAAUCUGCUGCUCCAGAUUCAGCACUGCCACAUGUGGCCGUGGGCUGGGCCCCCUUCCCUGUAGCUCCAGUCCCUGCCCACCUCCGCACGGGAGGCCUGAGGCCUGCCCCAGCCUCCGGAGGAGGAGCCUGGCCCAGCCCCUUGCCAAGCCGAAGCAGUGGCAUUUGGACAAAGCAGAUCGUCUGCAGGUAUUAUAUACAUGGGCAGUGCAAGGAGGGGGAGAACUGUCGCUAUUCCCACGACCUUUCUUGUCGGAAGAUGGCCACCGAGGGCCGCGUUUCGCCGUCUGGGGCCUCUGCAAGUGGAGGCCCUAGCACGGCUGCGCACAUCGAGCCCCCGACUCAGGAAGUGGCGGAAGCCCCCCCGGCUGCAUCCUCGCAGUCCUUGCCUGUGAUUGGCUCGGCUGCUGAAAGGGGUUUCUUUGAAGCCGAGAGAGACAAUGCAGACCGUGGAGCUGCUGGAGAAGCAGGUGUAGAAAGCUGGGCGGAUGCCAUUGAGUUUGUUCCAGGGCAGCCCUACCGGGGCCGCCGGGUUGCAUCUGCUCCUGAGGCUCCUCUACAGAGCUCAGAGACUGAGAGGAAGCAGAUGGCUGUGGGCAGGGGUGAGCGGUUUUGCUAUUAUGCUUCCAGGGGAGUUUGCUUUCGUGGGGAGAGCUGUAUGUACCUCCAUGGAGACAUAUGCGACAUGUGUGGGCUGCAGGCCUUGCACCCCAUGGAUGCUGCCCAAAGGGAAGACCAUAUAAGGGCCUGCAUUGAAGCACACGAGAAAGAUAUGGAACUCUCGUUUGCUGUGCAGCGUGGUAUGGACAAGGUGUGUGGCAUCUGCAUGGAGGUUGUCUAUGAGAAAGCCAACCCCAAUGACCGCCGAUUUGGCAUUCUUUCCAAUUGCAACCAUACCUUCUGUAUUAGGUGUAUCCGCAGGUGGAGAAGUGCCAGACAGUUUGAUAACAGGAUCAUCAAGUCUUGUCCACAGUGCAGGGUCACCUCCGACUUGGUCAUUCCCAGUGAGUUCUGGGUGGAGGAGGAGGAAGAGAAGCAGAAACUUAUUCAGCAAUACAAAGAGGCAAUGAGCAACAAGGCCUGCAGGUAUUUUGCGGAAGGCAGGGGUAACUGCCCAUUUGGAGACACAUGCUUUUACAAGCAUGAAUACCCUGAGGGCUGGGGAGAUGAGCCUCCUGGGCCGGGUGGUGGGUCAUUCAGUGCAUACUGGCAUCAACUUGUGGAGCCUGUGCGAAUGGGAGAGGGCAACGCGCUCUAUAAAAGCAGUAAGAAGGAGCUUGUCGUGCUUCGGCUGGCCAGUCUGUUGUUUAAGCAGUUUCUUUCACUGAGAGAUGAGUUCCCCUUCUCUGAGGAGCAGUGGGACUUGCUUCAUUAUGAGCUGGAAGAAUAUUUCAAUUUGAAUCUGUAGCAUCGUGCUGUGGCAUGUGGUCUAGUCUCCUGAGGUUCUGUCAUCUUCUAAUGCCUGUUUUCCCUAUGUUGACACUCCUAUUGCUUUCAGGGGCUGUUGAGGCAGUGUUUCUGUUUUCUUGUCUAUUCUGAGUAUCUUUUCUCCUAGGACUAUGGUGAUUAUCUGUGUUAAAAAGUAAGUCCAUAAAGUUACUAUUUUGGUGAAAUUAAUAUUAAUGUCAGCUUAUGGCUUUUUCGUCAUCUCUGUUUUCAACAGGAUUAACUCAGUUCUAGUUUAGUGUUUACUGAAUUUCCACACGUAUUUUGAAGACUCUCAAGAGUAAAUAUGGCAGAGUGAAAGGAGAAGUUUUAAUUGAACUAGUAGCUUUCUGCUAUAAUAGCCUUAACAAAUGGACCCUUGCAGGGCCUUGCAGCUGCUCAUCUGUUUGUUUACAGUCUGUUCUUUCCCUUCUUCCCUUUCAAGUGCACUUGUUAAACUAUGAUGAACUUGUGACUUUGUGUUUUACUUGACCAAAACCAAGUGUAUAUGUUUACAUGUUUUUAUCCUGUUUAGCUUGACGCGAAAUAAUUUAUAUUUGGAAAUUUAUAUUUAAGAAUGAUAUAUAUAUAAUAUAUAUGCAUAUAUAUGUAUAAGUUAUGUAUUUGAAAAAUAUAUAAAAGAAUAUACAUCACAAUAUAAUAUUUAUGUUUAUGUAAUAAAGUAAAUACAGACCCAAAAGCUGAAGGUCAAAGCCUAACAGGAUUGGCUGUUGUGUGAAUGUGAGUUGUCUGAAUAAUCUUUCUGUCCCAGGCACAGAAGCCAGUAAUUAACAUGUAAUGAAAAGGACUGUUCAAGUGGGUCUGGCCAGAUGUAACAGAUGCACAUCUUAGAGGACUUACAAAGCAUGCUGUUGGUAAUUCUUACAAUGGCAUUCAUAGCUCACUCCAUAAAUAUUUAAAUGGUGUUCCUAUGCAGUUUAGCCACCUUCUCAUUUAUUCUUUGUAACAGCAAAUCCUAGGCUCAGAGGCACAGUGCUUUGUAUUCCAUAUACAAAGUCUCUAGACUUUCCCAACAAGGGGCUUUUGACAAAAGAUUUCAACAUAAAAGAAACAAGAUUAUAAAAGGGAAAAUAGAACAAAAAUACUAAAACCAGUGAGAAUUAAAGAAUGGGGUAAAAUAAUAUAGAAAGCACUACGUAUCAGUACAACUUAAUUAGAUUAAAUGAAAGCAGUUUAAAGACUGAAAGUCAAAGGCUACGAGACUUCAUUACGAACAAAGUGAAACAUCUUGUUUAAAAUAUACACAAUGCAAAAACACAGAAACAUGCCAAGUAGUGGGAUGGGGAAAAACCAAAGUGUAUAGUAAGGAUAAGCACUUUGCUGGAGAUAAAAAGGAAUGAUACAUAAACAUUAAAUUAUAAUUCACAGGAACUCAAAUUUUGUAUACAUUUAAUAACAUUAUAUCAGAUGUGGAUAAAAAUAGAAGAUCCUAAAUCCAGACUUUUAGGGGACAAUUUUAAUACACCUUUUGGGAAACCAUACAAGCAAAGAAAAAAUGAAUGUGAAAAGAGAAUGACAGCAUUUUCAUGAUACCUAAUGAACUUGUGUAUGCAUCAACUGCACAUGCACUUAUCCUGGCUGAAGUAGCUGAAAAAUACACUGGGAGUGUGAGUCUUGAGUCCCAGGUUAUUCACACUGUCCUGCCUGUCCAGCAAAGAUGGCACAUUUACAAAGUUUAUACCAUGUAUUUGCAUGCAAAAGGAUGAAUUUGUCAGAAUGUGGUACUUGUUACAAUUUUUCUUAUUAUCCUGAUGAGGUAAAUAGUAGAGAAUUUAAAGGUUUUGUCCAUAGAAUUUAUGACCCAUAGCUGUAAAUUAGUGGAGCGAAGACUGGAACUCAAAUAGUGUAUGUCCAGAGCACUUGCACUUACCAUGUCCGCUAGGAGCAGGUGGACCAGCUGAAUGCAGCUGCUGGAGACGCAAGUACAGCCUUUAAGUAUGGAUGGUUCAGCCGAGUGGGACAAAGAUGGACAUAAAUAAGCUCCCUCAGAAUGUGGGACCCAUGGGGCUUCUAUCUAAAGGCUGCCAGCUCAGUGAUUUUAGGUUUCUGCUUCAGAGUGUGUCUCAGCCUCCUAUAAUUUUUUUUUUUUUUUUUUGAGACGGAGAUUCGCUGUUGUUACCCAGACUGGAGUGCAAUGGCGUGAUCUCGGCUGACUGCAACCUCCGCCUCCUGGGUUCAGGCAAUUCUCCUGGACCUCCUAUAAUUUUACAUUGCCUCUCCCUUCUUACAUGACUCCUAGUUCUCCUAGUGAGUACGUCAGCCUGUUUGCCUGGACCUUUUGCCAUAUUCCUUUCCUCUUGAUCCCUCUUACCCAAAGAAUCCUGGGCCAGGUGGUGAGUCAUUCAGCACAUACUGGCAUCAAUCAGGACACCCUCUUGAUGCCUGACCAUCACUGGCAUGCAAGGUGAGUGACAGAUUCCGAAUAAAAUCCAAACGUCUGAGUCAUGCAGGAGAGAGAUAUUGGAUGAACUAAACAACCAAAGGACGAGACCAGAUGUACUCCCAGACUGUGCCAACACCAGAGUGUCAAAAAACGAGCCCCGGUAGUGGCAGAGCUUUCAGAGACGUGUUUUUAGGCUGAGCCCAGAAAGCUGUGGAAAGUUUCUCCAAAUGUACACUGUCCUGCACUGUGAAAUAUGUUUUUAUUGAAAUAGUAUGUUGAACCAGAUAAUCACAAAGUUCGGGAUGUAUAGUAGGACGAUGGUUAGUAGAAAAUCAAGUGGCUCGGGAGACAGACAAAGGAUAGUUAGAACACUGACUCUGCUUCUUACCAGCCAUUCAGUUUCACAGUCUAAACAAGUUACUUAAAUUUUCUGUGCUUCAGUUUCUUCAUAUGAGAAAUGGGUACAGUUCCACCUACUUUUGCAGGAUUGUUGAGGAUCAAAUGUAGUGUGGACAAAAAGCUUGAAACAUAGGUUGUUUUUUUAAGUGACAUACAUAGAAGUGAGAUUUGUGCAUAUGUUUGGACAGGAAAAGGUGAUUGCACAAGAAUUAAUCACCAAGAUUUUCUUUUUGAGAAUCUUUGGAACUUGAAUUAAUUUAACAUUAUCAUUUUAUGAUUAUUUUGGCAAGCAAGGGAUAUAUUACCCUCACAUUCAUAAUUUCAAAAAGACAAAAUAUUUUUUCAGCAAAAGUUAUUCAGUUGAAACUAUAUACGUGCUAUUCAAUUAUUUAACAAAAAUAUAUUUUUGGCAGAUUCCUAGGUGAGGAAAAUAACAAGGUGACCUUUUUAGAAUAUAUGGGAUUCCUUGUUCCCUCAUCAGCUUAUUGAAAACAAUGUUAAACAAUAGAGGCAUUAGGCUCCCAGGUCUGCGUGAAGUGUCACCAAAGGCUUUCCAAUAAAGACAUCUGCCCACUCCCCGGCUGCAGUUGGGAACAAAGAACCCUUUCCACACAAAAGUUCUGCUCUGUGAGUGAUUCAGUGUGUGCUGGUCCCCACCCCCAGAAGGACGCCGGGACUCAGCCCGAGGGUCCACAAAAAUGGCAUCCUUUCAGCUACAACUACAAAAGCCUGAAGCAAGUCAGGUUUGUUUACAUUUCACGUGUCUCCAUUGAAUGCGUAUCCACGCUGGCAAAUAUACUAAGGAGAAUUUCGCUAGUCGUUCCUCCCCUUUGAAAAGACACGGAAAUCAUUUGUCUCACGGCUCACGUGUCACUAAAUCAAUACUAAGGAGAAUUUAGCUAGUCAUUCCUCCCCUUUGAAAAGACACGGAAAUCGUUUGUCUCACGGCUCACGUGUCACUAAAUCAAUUCAUUAAAUUUCACUGGCAGGGAAACAUUUUGAGUCCAUACGCGCUCUUUCGUUUUAGUUUUCUAAACGCCUUGGAAGCAUGGUUUCUGUUGCCACCGCUAAUGCUAAACUAUAACUUUAGCGUGGGAGACAGUUAGGGUGGGGCCGGCAAAAGGGAUAUAUGGGAAAUAACCCAGUACUAGUGCAAAUAAGUACAUUCAUGUCAGAAUUUUUGCCAUGAAAAUAUAUAUCACAUUUUUCAGUAUUAAUGGAACACUGACAAAAAUAAUAAUAUAGAUUACAGUGAAACUGUCAAUUAGAUCUAGAUAUUAAAGGACAGGCGACAUUCUCUGGGGUCAAUAUAAGAAAAGCUACUCCCACCUGAAACUUCUUUUCUCUCUCAUAAAUAAUUUGAUGUAGGAGUGAAUUCAAAAUCAUUUAGCAGAAUAUAAUAUGACAACAAAAAAUUAUAAAUGCCAUAAUAUACAGGAUAUUUCUAGAUCUGUACUCAGUAUAAAUCCUGAUUUUAAAUACUAACAUAUAUUGUCUAAAAACAAUUAGCCUAAAUAACUAGGUAUUCAAACCUAAGGUUUGAAAAGACCACAAAAUGAACACACACACACGUACACAAACACAUACAAACACAACUAAGGUGAGCAGGAGGAAUUAGGAAAUGUCAAACUCAGUAUUUGUUGAGCAGAGAAUGAAAAUGUAAAGGCUGAUUUUUUUUUGGUAAAAAUAAACCACUAACUUAAAAAAGAAAGGAUAAAGUGCAAUUAAACCAAAUAGGAAAUGUUAAUCAGAGGUAAUUAGAGCUAAAAAGGUACUAAAGAAAUGAGAAAUAAAUUCUGGUUAUAGCUGAGGGAAAUGUACUUGAGAAUACGAAACAAAAUUUAACAGUUUCAAUAUAAUUUUUCAGACGUAAUCCAGAGGACAUAGCUAAAUGAACCUAUUACAACAACAAAAAAAUAAACUUGACUAAAAUGCGCCUACUCCCCACUCCACACAAAAAGAAGUAGUACAGAAGACUUUAUGCCCCUGAAAUUUACUUCACUUAUUUAAGUAAAAUAGAUUGCAAUGCUGUAUAAACCAUUUUUUAGUCCAUUUGAGCUACUAUUUAAAAAUAUCAUAAACUAGGUGGCUUAAAAGCAACAUAAAUUUAUUUCUCACAGUUCAGGAGGCUGAGAAGUUUAAGAGGAUGGCACUGGCAAUUUGGUGCCUGGUGAGAGUCAGUUCCUGGUUCAUAGAUGACCCUCUUCUCACAGUGUCCUCACGUAGUGGAAGGAACUACCAACCUUUAAUUGUGAUGUUUUAAUGUACAGUAAAAUUUAUUAAAACUAUAAAUAAUGACAUAAAUAUAUUUGCUUUCUUUUUAAUGGGUACUCUGUUUUUCAGUGGAGACGUGCUUGAAGCAGUGCCAUGUAAAACAUGUUAAUAAUGAAAGUUGUAUGCACAUUAAUCAAGAGUACAGUACAACAUAAACAAUGAAGGAAUCACAGUUGCGGGGCCUUAGACACAAAGCUAUGCAUAGCAUGUGAGCUGGCAAAUUGGAGCCUCUUUUAUUAAGGACACCAAUCCCAUGUAUGAGGCCUCCAGCAUCAUGACUUCGUCACCUUCCAAAGGUCCCAUCUCCUAAUACCAUUACAUUAGAGAUUAGAUUUUUAACAUAUACAUUUUGGAGCUACACAGACAUUCAGUAUACAGAACUGUUAUGGUUUGGAUAUGGUUUGUUUAGCCCCAGCAAGUCUCAUGUGGAAAUUUGAUCCACGGGGUUGGAGGUGGGGCCCGGUAGGAGGUGUUUGAGUAAUGGGAGCAGAUCCUUCAUGAAUGGGCUUGCUGCUAUUCUCACAGAAGUGAGUGAAUUCUUACUCUGAAUUCCCAUUAGAACUGGUUGUUGGAAAGAGCCUAGGCUGGGUACAGUGGCUCAUGCCUGUAAUCCUAACAGUUUGGGAGGCAGAGGCAUAAGGAUUGCUUGAGGCCAGGAGUUUGAACCAGCCUGGACAACAUAGUGAGACCCCAUCUCUACAAAAAAGUAGAAACAAUUAACCAGAUUUGAUUAACCAGUGCAUGCCUAUAGUCCUAGCUAAUGAGAAUGCUGAGGACGGAGGAUUGAUUGAACCCAGGAGGCCCAGGCUGCAGUAAGCAAUGAUUGCACCACUGCACAGCAGCCUGGGCUGCAGAGUGAGACCCCGUCUCUAAAAACUAAGAAAGCCUGGCAACCCUUUUGCCUCCUCUUCCAUAUCUUCUCUUCCCCUUCCAUGAGUGGAAGCUUCCUGCGGUCCUCAACGGAAGCAAUAUUGGUGCCAUGCUUUUUUUUUUUUUUUUUUUUUUUUUGAGGUGGGUUUUUGCUCUUGUUACCCAGCCUAGAGUAUAAUGGCACAAUCUUGGCUCACUGAAACCUCUGCCUUCCGGGUUCAAGCAAUGCUCUUGCCUCAGCUUCCCAAGUAGCUGAGAUUACUGGUGCCCACCACUCCCAGUCAAUUUUUACAUUCUUAGUAGAGACAGGGUUUCACCAUGUUGAUCAGGCUGGUCUUGAUCUCCUGACCUCAGGUGAUCCACCUGACUCGGCCUCCCACAGUACUGAGAUUACAGGUGUGAACCACCAUGCUUGACCAGUGCCAUGCUUUUUUUAAGUCUCCAGAACCAUAAGCCAAGUAAGCUUCUUUUAAAAAAAAAUACAUUAUUUGGUUUUACAUAUUCAUUUAUAGCAACAAAAAAUGGACCAAAACAGAAAAUUGGUACUGAGGAGCAGAAUAUUGCUUCUAUAAAUUUGGAAGCAGCUUUGGAAGUGGAUAAUGAGCAGAGGAUGGAAGAGUCUAGAGGGCUCAGAAGGAGACAUGAAGGGAAAGCUUGGAACUUCUUAGAGACUGGUUGUGACCGAAAUGCUGAUAGAAAUACAGACAGGAGAGGGCAUGCUGAGGAAGUCUCAGAUGGGAAUGAGGAACUUACCGGGAACUGAAGCAAAGUUAAACCAUAGCAAAUAAUUUAGCUGCGUUGUAUAUAGAUCCUAGCAGUUUGUAGAAAGCUGAACUUAAGAGUGAUGACCUAGAGUAUCUGGAAAGAGAAAUUUCUGAGCAGCAAAGCAUUCAAGAAGUGGUGUGGCUGCAUGCAAUGACUGACAGAGACGAGCAAAGGCAGGACUUAAUGUUGGAACUUAUGGCUAAAAGGGAUACCGAGCAUAAAAAUUUGGAAAACUCAAGCCUGGUCAUGAGUUAGAGAAAGAAAGAGCAUUUUGGGCCAGGCGCGGUGGCUCACGCCUGUAAUCCCAGCACUUUGGGAGGCUGAGGCGGGUGGAUCACGAGGUCAAGAGAUCGAGACCAUCCUGGUCAACAUGGUGAAACCCCGUCUCUACUAAAAAUACAAAAAAUUAGCUGGGCAUGGUGGUGCGUGCCUGUAAUCCCAGCUACUCAGGAGGCUGAGGCAGGAGAAUUGCCUGAACCCAGGAGGCUGAGGUUGCGGUGAGCCGAGAUCACGCCAUUGCACUCCAGCCUGGUUAACGAGCGAAACUCCGCCUCAAAAAAAAAAAAAGAGCAUUUUUCAGGAGAGGAAAUCUGAGGGGGGCAGCUGAACAACUGCUCUCCAGAAAGAUUAGCACAGAUGAAAGAACCAGUUGCUAAUAGGAUGAUGUGAAAGAAGCCCAAAGUCAUUUCAGAACUCUGAGUUUACUCCUCCUGCUACAGGUCCACAGGCCUAGGAGGACAGAGGCGUCUGGGCCAGGCCCAGAGUGCUGCUGCCCUGUGCAAUCUUGGGAAGCUGCUUCCUACAUUCUGGCUGCUCUGACUGCAGCUGAAGCUCAAAGGGCUCAAGCUGCUGCUUAGACAACUGCUUCAGAGGGUGUAAGCUGUCGUGUUUGGGCCUUCCAUAGGGUGGUAAGACUACAGGCGCACAGUGUGAGAUUGGCUGAGGCUCUUUGUGGGUUGGAGCCCCCACAAAGUGUCCCUACUAGGCACUGCCUAGUGGAACUGUGGGAGUAGGGUUGCCAUCCUCCAGACCCCAGAAUUCUAGAGUCACCAGAAGCAUGCACUCUCAGCAUGGAAAAGCCAGAUGCAUUGGACUCCAAUACAUGACAAGAGCCACAUGGGCUUCACACAGAAAGCCAGGAGACAGGACUUCCCAAGGCUUUGGGAGCCCACACCUCAUACCAUUGUGCCCAAGAUGUGGGACAUGGAGUCAGAGAAGAACAUUUUGGAGCUUUAAGUUCUCAUGGCUGCACUUCUGAGUUCUAGACUUAAUGUGGGGAGUGUUACCUCUUUCUUUAGGUUGAUUUCUCCCUUUUGGAAUGAGAAUGUCUACCAAUGCCUGUACCACAUUUGUAUCUUGGAAGUAAAUAUUUUAUUUUUUAUUUUACAGGUUCACAGCUGUAAAGAACUUGCCUGGAGUCUCAGAUGAGACUUUGGACUUUGGACUUUUGAGUUAUGCUGGACCAGGUUAAGACUUUGGUGAUAGGAUGAUUUUAUCUGGCAAUGUGAGAAGAACAUGAGUUUUAGGGGGCCAUGGUUUGGAAAUGGUAUCUCUGGCCCCACCAAGUUUUAUAUUGAAAUUUGAUAACCAGUGUUGGAGGUGGGGCCUGGUGGAAGGUGCUGGGAAUAUUGGGGUAGAUCCCUCAUGAAUGGCAAGGCGCCAUUCUUGCAGGAGUGAGUGAGUUCUUACUCUGAGUUCUCUAGAGAACUGGUUGUUGAAAAGACCUUGACAUUUCCUCUUUUUCUCUCUUGCUUUCUCUCUUGCCAUGUGAUUCCUACUAUCCUUCCCUUUCUGGUGUGAGUGGAAGUUCCCCAAUGUCCUCUCCAGAAGCAGGUGUUGGUGCCAUGCUGCUUGUACAGUCUCCAGAACCAUGAGCCAAAGAAACCUCUAUUUUAAAUAAAUUACCCAUCCUUAGGCAUUUCUUUAUAGCAACACAAACAGACUAAGAGAAGCACCAUUUCAUAAAACAAAAUGAAGGUACACCUAUAUAACUUACGAAUGGUACAGCACAUCGGUAUCAAAGUAUUGCCAGUUCUAGUUCAUUUUGUGCUGCUGUAACAUAAUACACAUACUACAUGACUUACGAUGGGGCUGUGUCCCAAUAAAUACAUCGUAAAUAGAAAAUAGCGUAGUUGAAAGUGCAUUUAAUGUCCCUAUGAACCCAUGAUAAAGACAAAAAAAAUCAUAAGUCAAAACAUUGUAAGUCUGGAUGCUCACUGAGUUACCUUGGGGUUAUGUCCUGAUAUACCCAUUGUAAAGUUGAGUAAUCAUAAGUUAAACCAUCCUAAAUUGGGGCCCCUCUGUGCCUGAAACUGGGUAAUUUACAAUGAACAGAAGUUUAUUGGCUCAUUGUUAUGGAGGCUGGGAAAUCUAAGAUCAAGGGGCCAGUAUCUGGUGAAGGCCUUCUUGUUGCACCAUCCCAUGGCAAAAGGGCAAUGAGAGUGACUGAGAAAGAGCAAGAGCUUGAACUCAAAACUUCAAGCCCUUUUAUAAUUAGUAUUAAUCCAUUCAUGAGGGUAGAGCACUCAUUGCCUCAACAUUUCCCAUUAGGCCUUACCUUCCAACACUGUUAUACUGUGGAUUAAGUUUCCAACACCUGCUCUUGGGGGACACAUUCAGACCACAGUACCAACAUAGUAUAAUACAAAAAUAGCUAGAGCUCUAUCUCAUUUAUGAAUAUUGAUGCAAAAAAUAUGAAAUAUUAGAAAGUGAAAAAUAGCACAGUUAAAAAACAAGACUUUAGGAAGUAGUGGAUUAUAUUCCAGGAAAACAAAGAUGGUAUAACAUGAAAAAUACUUUAUCUUAACAUACCAAAGGAAAAAUCAUAUAAGCAACUUCAUAUAUCUCCCAAUAAAAAUAAAUUUGCAAUCAA